UGUUUUCAUUUUUAGCAAAAAUAAACUACAGACGGUCAGGAUUUGAUGAGGAAGAAGAAUUUUUGCCAAGGCAAAUUUUUGUUGUUCACUCACCCCCGCGCGCAAUCGGGCAUGUACACGUGGGGGUUGAAGAACGAUUUCCUCCAGGUGUUCACCUGGAGAAGAAGAGGACGCAGCUAAUGAGGCAGACGAUUUAGUAGAGGAGGAGGCUGUCGUCGAAGAAGAGGAGGAAAUACCAGGGGAACAAGCAGGCAACCGCUGAAGACGGAUGCCUCCUGCAAGAGAGGAUGAUCUUCCUCCACAAGGUAGAGGAAAUGAGGAAUUUCUUCCUCUAAUUUUUUAUAGAAAGAAGAAAAAGGGUCAAUCAAAUCCUGCAUUUGUGCGACCGAUUAUGAACAUUCAUUCACGUGAUACACUGCCCGGACCUAGUGGCAAUCCUGGUACUGUAAUGAAAAAUCAAACCAAUACUGAGAAAAAUUUGGAACCAAGUAGUAAUAAUAAUGAUGAUGACGCAUCAAACUGCUCGUCUUCGGAUUUUGAGGUGGAUUACUCUGAAGAUUCAGUCCCAAAAUUCUCAAAUUCAAUGCCUUUCACAGUCAGUCGAUCCAACAUCCAAUUUUUGGAAUUUAUGCUUGCUGCUGCGAAACACCAAUAUGAAUUUAGAAAGAAAAUGAAGUUUGAACCAGUAAAAAGUUUGACGAUACCAGUCGACUACUUUGAACCUGGGCCUCAAAAGAUGGAAAUAUCAUCAGGUUGUGGGUUUUAUUUAAAAACAAGUGUAAUUAAUUACAUUAAUUUAACGGCGAAUGAUCGUGGCAGUUAUGACUGGGAAAAAAUAGUGAAAAAUACACUAGUAGAGGUAUUUGGUGGAAACUUGAAGCACUUUUCUGCUUCAGGUAAAAGGUGCUCCAGGCCUGCUAUCGAUUAUAGAUUAAUAAAAGGUCUACACGGUUGGGUAAAUGAAGUUUCAAAGGACGCUGUAACUCUGGCAGUAUUGAAUAUUUAUAUAAAUAAAAUCAUCAGUAAUAAGAGGAAAUACAUUGUCGAAAAGAAAAGUGAUUCUACAAGCGUAAAGAAAAAGAGGUGUAAGAAAACUGAAAAAACCCAGGACAUCAACAGCCAAGAUGAAGGACCAGAAGUAAUUGAACGAAUUUCUACAUUGGACAAUAUUGUGCCAAUUGACGAUUGCCAUCAAGAUUAUAGUUUAAGGUGGUUUUGUCAGUCGGGAAAUGAGCAAAGUGUGCAUGGGCAAUUCUCUGAAACUUUUAAUUUUAAAACAUAAAUUUAAUAUCAUGAUAAUAAUUUUUUAUUACUUACUUUUUAAUAUUAUUUACUUGCUUACUUUAGUUUUUUUCAUUUUAAAUUUUA